AUGUACUGUACUGUAUACACAUUAGGUUGUAACUUCACCUAUCAUGGAUUUUCGCCUAUCGCAGAGGAGGGUCUGAAAUUAAAACCCAAACCGACUGUGAGUGUGAAUCCUCAGAGCUUCAUCUACACUGGAGACACAGUUACACUGAACUGUAAUCUGCAGUCUACUGGAUGGAGCUUUUCCUGGUAUAAAGGUUACUGGAAAUCACCUGAAGCCCAAAAUACCAACCCACUCAGUGUGAUAAUCUCUAAUGAAGGACAAACAACAUACUACUGCAAAGCACUCAGGGGAAACUACGAGUCAGAGUUCAGUGCUGCAGCUACAGUUACAGUUAAAGCGAGACCAAAACCUGUAGUGAAAAUACACCCAGCUGUGAAUGUGUUCAUUGGGGAAACUGUCACUCUCACAUGUGACAUACAGACUGGAGGAUCCUGGACGUAUCACUGGAAUAGAAAUAAUAAAGAAAUCAGAGCUGCUGCAGGAGAGAAGACCUACACAAUCACUGAUGUUAAAGACUCUAAUAAAGGUCCUUAUAGCUGUAAAGGAACUCAAUCAUCAGACCCACAAUACACACAGAGCAGUGAUGCAGUUACACUGACUGUAGCAGAAAAACCUAAACCUGAACUCACAUCAGACCUUAAAGGAGCUGCACUGACAGGAAACUCAGUGACUCUGUACUGUACACUGAAGCUGCAGUCUGCUGGAUGGAAGUUUUACUGGAGCAAAGACACACAGAGCCGUGACACUGAGACUAAAACACACUCCUACACCAUCAGAUCAGUCAGUGUCUCUGAUGGAGGUCAGUACUGGUGCAGAGCUGGAAGAGGAAACCCAGUUUACUACACACACUACAGUGAUGCACUCUGGGUAAAUGUUAAUGAGAAUCUUAAACCUGUGGUGAUUAUAAAGCCUGAUACACACGUGUUUAGAGGAGAAACUGUGACUUUCAGGUGUGAAAUAAAAACAGGAAGAGACACUGAGUGGAGAUACGACUGGUAUAAGGAUAACACACUCUACCCAAAACACACAACACAGGAGUUCAGUAUCAGCUCUGUUCCAGAUUAUUAUAGAGGGAAAUACACCUGCAGAGGGAGGAGACACAGUGACAAUCAGAUCUCAAAGACGAGUGAUUCUGUUACUCUCACUGUAUCAGGUGAAUCUCCUCCAGUGUCUCUGAUCAUCAAUCCCAGCAGAUCUCAACACUUUACUGCUGACUCUCUCUCACUGAGCUGUGAGGACCAGAGAGACUCUACUGGAUGGACAGUGAAACAUGACACACUCAAUCAGACAACUUUUAAUUGUUCAUCAGUUUCAGGAUCUACAUGUAACAUCAGCUCCCUCUCUCCAUCACACACUGGAGUUUACUGGUGUCAGUCUGAAUCUGGAGAACGCAGUGAUUCUGUCAACAUCACAGUACACAAUGGUGAUGUGAUCCUGGACAGUCCUGUCCAUCCUGUAACUGAGGGAAAUCCUCUGACUUUACACUGUUUAUAUCACAACACAAUCAUUUCACACUCUGGGGUGCAUUUCUAUAAAUAUGAUUCAGUUCUCCAGAAUCAGACUACAGGAGUGAUGACCAUCAGCAGUGUCUCAAAGUCAGAUGAAGGUUUCUACCACUGUAAAUACUCAGAGGGAGGAGAGUCACCAAAAAACUGGGUUUCAGUCAAAGCGAGACCAAAGCCUGUAGUAAGAGUACUUCCAGCUAAGCAUGUGUUCAUUGGGGAAACCGUCACUCUCACAUGUUAUAUACUGCUUGGAGGAUCCUGGCAGUAUCACUGGUUUAGUAACAAUAACAAACUCAGUGAUGCUGCAGGAAAGAUGACCUACACAAUGACUGUAGAUAAAGAAUCUGAUGAAGGUCCAUAUAUCUGUAAUGGAACUCAGUCAUCAGAUCCAGAAUACACACAGAGCAGUGAUGAAGUUACACUGACUGUAUCAGAAAAACCUGAACCUGAACUCACAUCAGACCUUAAAGGAGCUGCACUGACAGGAAACUCAGUGACUCUGUACUGUACACUGAAGCUGCAGUCUGCUGGAUGGAAGUUUUACUGGAACAAAGACACACAGAGACGUGAAACUGAGACUGAAACAAAUCACUACUUCAUCAGAUCAGUCAGUGUCUCUGAUGGAGGUCAGUACAGAUGCAGAGCUGGAAGAGGAAACCCAGUCUACUACACACACUACAGUGAUGCACUCUGGGUAACUGUUAGUGGUGAAUCUCCUCCAGUGUCUCUGAUCAUCAAUCCCAGCAGAUCUCAACACUUUACUGCUGACUCUCUCUCACUGAGCUGUGAGGACCAGAGAGACUCUACUGGAUGGACAGUGAGAAGAUACACACUUAGUGAGUCAUUGUUCAGUUGUUCAUCGGUUUCAGGAUCUACAUGUAACAUCAGCUCCCUCUCUCCAUCACACACUGGAGUUUACUGGUGUCAGUCUGAAUCUGGAGAACGCAGUAAAUCUGUUAACAUCACAGUACACAGUGAGUCUUUAUCACUUCUCAUCAGUAGGAUUUAAUACGUAAAGCAGAUCUAAUAUUAACAAAACUAUUCUGAAAAAAGUUAUACUAUAUCUUACCUUUAAAAUAAAACAUGAAAAUG